CCCAACUCGGAAGUGCGCAUCGCCCGGCUGUUGGGCCUCAUGUCUCCACCAUCGCAGUAUAGACGAUGAAAGUGGCUCGUUGUUGAAACAAAAGUUUAGCUCGGGAAUCACCGAAGCGCGUUGUUGAUGACCACUUGUGUCGAGAAACGGCGCUGCCCUCCAUUGUCUAAAGUGGAGGCGGAGCACGAGCCGCUCUCAACGUCGACUUGAAACAACGUUCAGCAGCACUUCGACGGGUGCUGGUUGAUAUAGCCAUGACUUUAUGGUGCAUAAGUUGAGCUGCUUAGGUGACCCACACAAGGGCACUGACACGUAAAUGCGAAACAGACCUUGGACCUGUGUCCGCUUGCGCAAGGUAUAUAUAUAGAGGACAAAUGUGCAAGAAUUUGGGAUGUUACGUUUCGCUGCCUUUUAGCAGGAGCCACGUGGACACUACCUGGUCGCAGCCGCCACCGGCGGCAGCGACAGCGGCGGCCACUAAUCUCAGGCUCCUGGCGUCGGCCAGCGGAGGCGCCUUCGGGACGCUACCGCGCGCAUCGUGCCCGAGCUUCCUGGCCGUAGUGGUGUGCUCGGCGCCCGACCAUGCGCCCGAGCGCCAAGCCAUCCGCGACACGUGGGCCCGCGACGUCCGGCCGGGACACAGCGCGGUCUACUUCCUACUCGGCCGGCACGCCGAGGAUGCCGCCGGACAGAGGACCGUGGAAAGGGCUCGCGUGAGGUCGCUCGGCUCGGUACAGAGCGACGACUCGUCGCUUCUGCCCGAAAUCUCGGUGUUCGGAGACGUGAUCCGCGCCGACUUCGAGGACACCAGUAGGAAUCAGACGCUCAAGUCCCUGCUCCUUCUCCAGUGGGCGCACACGUUCUGUCCGCGUGUCAGCUUCAUCCUCAAGGCGGACGACGACGCGUACUUGGACCUGCCGGGCUUGAUCGGACUGCUGGAGGCGAAGAAGGCCGCCUUCGAGAACGACACGCGCCGCGGCAACCGCGCUGGCUUCCUACUCGGCAAACGACACGAGAGCAGACCGAUGGGUCGGAAACGCCGAAGGUACUACGGAAGCCCAGCCGGCUCGUGGGUUCCAAUCUACCUGUCCGGUGCUGCGUACGUGAUUUCAGGGGCCAUCGUGGGUCCGAUGCUUCGGAAGGCGCUGGAGACUCCCGCCCUGCACCACGAGAAUGUCUUCCUCACGGGAGUCGUCGCGUCCAAGCUGCACCUGAGACUGUUCAACUCGCCCUGCUUCGCCUGCUGCGACGAGCUGACAGACCCGUGCGCUUACCGCGGACUGCUGGCGGCCACAGUCGCCAAGCCCGACGCCCUGCGCAGCGCGUGGAGGCUCGCUCGUGGUCAGACGGGCGGUGCCUGCACUCCGCUCAACAACAGCACCGACCGCCACUGCCCUCCUGCUCCCAAAAUGAACAGGACGAAUUCGUCGUCAACUUCUCUGCGAAUCUUCAACAAGCAAGCAUCCCUUGAAACACGGCUGAAGAAAAAGAACAUGGCGGGCAGGCAACGUCUCCAGCAAGCUUAUCUCGAGCCGUACCUGGCAUUGUGCGAAGGGAGGCACGUGGUGGUUCGCCUCAAGUUCGCUGUGUUCGUCAUCUGGACUCUGGCAGUCCUCUUCGCUCUCAACUACGCCGUGCUGCAAGUGUGUGUCCGUGACAUGCGCUGGCACGCUCGGCAGCUUGACAUCAUCCCACGCGUGGUGGGCACCCGCGGUUUCACCGUGCUGCCGCCUGUCGCCUGCCCUCGAUACCUGGCCGUCGUCGUUUGCAGUGCCGUGGAAAACUUCGAGCACCGGGCCGUCAUACGCGGCACGUGGGGUCGCGACGUCGGCCACGACAAGGGUACAGCCGUGUUCUUCCUCGUCGGCAAGCCCGAUGCCACGCCUAACGGAAAAGACACACAGAACAUGUUGAUCAACGAGAGUGCCCGCCACAAUGACAUCAUCCAAGCAGACUUCCGCGACACAUACCGCAACCUGACCGUCAAGACCAUGUUCCUGCUUAAAUGGGCCUACAUAAACUGUUCGAGCACCCGAUUCGUGCUGAAGGCGGACGACGACAUGUUCGUGAACGUAGAAAGGUUGCUAAGCUUCCUCAAGGCACACGGCGGAAACCGGCCACGGCCAUUCCUGGCCGGCAACGUGUUGCAGGGCCGAAAGACAGUGCGCCGAGCCGGGUCCAAGUGGUACCUGCCACUGUCCGUGUACCAGUCGGACUGGCUGCCCUCGUACAUCUACGGCAGCGGCUACGUCAUGUCGCGCGAGGCGGUGCGGCCCCUCUUCACGGAGGCGCUGUCGACACCCUUCCUCUACGUGGAGGACGUCUUCCUCACGGGCAUCGUGGCGCAGAAGAUGACCUGCGCCGAGUCGCGACCCGUGCAACGGUUCGUCAGGCGCAGCGUAGCCUCCAUUUGGUUCCUGCUGGCCCUAUGCGUGGUGAACUACGCGCUGGUGCGAUAUUGCGUGAGCGACAUGCGCUGGCACGCCAUGCAGCGCGACCAGACCCGAAUCGUGGUGGGGCCCGGCCGGUUUUCCGUGCUGCCGCGCCUCGCCUGUCCCAAGUUCCUGGCCAUCGUCGUGUGCAGCGCCGUAGACCACUUCGAGCAGCGCGCCGCUGUGCGUGACACGUGGGCCCGCGAUGCCGCGGAGAGAAGGUCGAGCGUCUUCUUCAUCAUCGGUUUUGACGACAACACGGUCGGUGCAGUCGCUCUGUCUCCGACUGCGCUAGGCAGUCUGUGUGACAUUGUUCUUUGA